AUGGAGGAAGAGAGACAAGCACUUCUCAGCUUUAAACAAGAUCUCACUGAUCCGUCUGGAAGGCUUUCUUCUUGGGUUGGUCACCACUGCUGUCAAUGGAGAGGCAUUUCAUGCAACAACCGCACUGGUCAUGUUGCAAUGGUAGACCUCCGCAAUCCAUAUCCAUACCUCUAUAAUGAUCUGUACUGGAACUCCACUGAAUUUGAAGAAUCUUGUUUGGGGGGUAAGUUGAAUCCUUCUCUGCUUGGCUUGAAACAUUUGAGUUACUUAGACUUGAGUGGCAAUGACUUCAAUGGGAUUUACAUUCCCAAAUUCAUAGCGCAGCUUACAAGUUUAAGCCUUACAACACUUGAUCUAGCAGGCAAUCCUUUCAGUGAGCCCUCUCUUGAUGACUUUGCAACCCUAAGAUCUCUAGAACACCUUGAUUUAUCUGGUACGGGACUCAAAGAUCAAGUUCCAAAAUUCAUCGGAAAUUUGUGCAAGCUAAAGUCAUUAGGUCUUGCAAACAACAUGUUUGAUGGGGGGAUUGAAGAGUUUUUGAGUGGUUUUUCAAAUUGUUCAUCUAAUAGAAUGGAGUCACUAGAUUUAUCUCAUUGUGGGAUGGAAGGAAAAUUGCCUAAUUCAUUAGGAAUGAUAAAAAGCCUCCAGCAUCUUGACCUCAGUGAUAAUCUUCUCAAUGGUUCCAUUCCUGAAAGUUUGGGACAACUCUCUCAGCUAGUUACUCUAGAUUUAUCUCGAAACUCAUGGGAAGGUAGUUUAAGGGAAAUUCAUUUCACAAAUCUAACGAGAUUAGAGAUUUUUUCAAUAAGCACAUUCAAACUUGUGCCCGUCUUUUUUAACUUGAGUGAUUAUGAAUGGAUGCCUCCUUUCAAGCUCCAUAGUAUUUACAUAGACAAUUGCCAAGUAGGUGUUGGCUUCCCUUUAUGGCUUCAAUCUCAAACUGAGCUCUUGUAUAUCACACUAAGUAAUGCUGGAAUCUCAGGUCCAAUACCAGAGGAAUGGCUCUUUAAGAUAUCUUCUCAAAUCCAAACAUUGGAUUUAUCUUACAAUGACAUAACCGGAAAACUUCCUUUCAAAUUCAUCUUUCCAAAUCUAUAUAGUAUAGAUUUCAGCCAUAACCAAUUUGAUGGCCCUCUCCAGCUUUCGUCCACUAAUGUUCAAAUAUUAAGUGAGUUAUCUCUUGCUUAUAAUCACUUGAAUGAGACUAUUGCAUCAUCUAUUUGCACCAUUCAAUCUUUGGUUACCCUUGCACUGAACAACAAUCGGUUAAUUGGAAAAUUCCCUCGAGAAUGGGGCUUGUGGAGCAACAUAGAACUUGUCGAUGUCUCGAACAAUCAUCUGUCUGGUAACAUUCCAACUUCAACAGGUAUUCCAAGUUCUCUUGUACUAUUAAGGAUGGACAACAACCAUUUUAAUGGAUAUAUUCCUUCUUCUUUGCAAAAUUGCUCAUUUUUUGAAAGACUUUAUCUUGGAGGCAACAAUUUUACUGGAAGCAUACCCUUUUGGACAAGACCAGAAGUAUCCCAAUUGGAUGUGCUACAAUUGCGAGCCAACUUUCUAAGUGGACAUAUACCUCAACAAUUGUGCAAUCUUCCUUCUCUUCACAUCCUAGACCUGGGUCACAAUAACUUGUCAGGGACUAUUCCAAAGUGUUUGAUUAAUUUGACAUCUCUAGUCCUUUUUCCGAGUACCUCCUCAAUCUCUAUUGAACUACAUGAUCCAACAGUUGUGACUUUGAAAGGAAGAGAACUGGAAUAUGACUUUUUAAGAGCAGAACUUUUGACCAUUAUUGAUUUUUCAUCAAAUGGUUUAACAGGUGCAAUUCCAGAAGAAAUAAGCGGUCUGAUUGCAUUGGGUACCUUAAACUUGUCCAUGAACCAAUUAAGUGGAAACAUCCCUUCAAACAUUGGGAACUUGAAGUUGCUCGAAACUCUAGACCUCUCACAUAACCAGCUUUCAAGACAGAUUCCCCAAAGCAUUUCUUCUCUGACCUUCUUGUCUCACUUGAACUUGUCAUACAACAACUUGACCGGUAGAAUUCCUUCAGGCAAUCAGCUGCAGGCGCUGGAUGAUCCAUCUAUUUAUAAAGGCAAUCCUUCACUUUGUGGGUUUCCUCUUUCAAAAUGCUCAGAAGAAAGAGAUGACAGGCCUCAUGAAGAAGACAAUAAAGAUCAUGUAGAUGUUGGUGAAAGGCUUGGUUUAUAUGUCAGCGUUGUGAUUGGUUUUGUUAUAGGCUUCUGGGGUGUUUGCGGCACGUUGAUUAUGAACAAGUCAUGGAGGUAUGCCUAUUUUCAAUUCUUUGAUAAUGUCAAAGAGAAAGUAGUGCUAGCAAUUGCACUGAAAGUAGCUCGAGUCCAAAGAAGAUGGUGA